AUGGAUAAAUCAUUCGAAAAAGGAAUGAAUUCAUAUAAAGAGCAAUAUAUCUCGCCAAAAAGCAAAAUGCUGCAGUCUUCUCAAAACCCAGAAUUUAGCUCCUAUAGUCCUGAUUUCAGAUUUGACACAUCCCCAAGUCCUCUUCAAGAUUUAAAAUCAUCUUCUAUGUUAGAAGAUAAAAAAUCUAACUCAAAAGCAGUCGCUAAUUGCAUUAGAGCUUUAACAGAAAAAGUAGCUGCUCUUGAUAAGGAAAAUCAACAAUUAAAAAGACAAGUUAUAGCUGAAAGAGAAAGAGCGCAAAAAGAUAAAGAGGAAACUAUUAGACAAUUAGAAGAAACUCAGCAACAAGCUGAAGUAAACAAUAAAAAAGUAUAUGAUUAUGAAGAUGAAAUUAAAAGGUAUGGGCGCAGAAUUUUGCUUCUUGAAGAUCAAAAUAGACAGAUAUCAGCAGAGCUUGAUAGAGUUAAGCAAGAAUCAAAUGUUUUAAAAACUGAUUUAGACUAUGAGUCUUCUAAAACACAAAAGCUAGAAAGCACAAUAAAUAAAAUUAAAACUGAGGUCAAAGAAAAUGAAGAACAUACUAGUGGCUUUGAAGUAGAAAACAAUCAGCUUAAAAGUGAACUUGAAGAAGCCCAAAAAUUCAUAGCUCAAUUGCAAAGAGAACUUUCUGCAUGUAGAGGCUCAGAUAAGCAAAAGCAAAACAGAGCUCUAUAUGAAAGCCACAAAGUGAGAGAAAUGGAAUACAAAAACAAGUUUUUACAAGACUUACUCCCCCCCCCCCUCCGUGAGCGAACAAAAAAAUUUUGUUCGCUCACGGAGGGGGGGUUAAUUUUUUUUUUUAAAAAAAAUUUUUAUAUAUAAAUUUUAUAAAAAAUAUUUUUUUUCGAAAUUUAAAAAAAUCCUAAUUUGCAAAAAUUGGGAAGCAAAUAUUAAUUUAAUUUGCAAAAUUUAUGUUUUAAAACGCAAUUUGUUUAAAAUUAAACAGAAUUAGCUCUAGAUUUCAUUAUACUAAUUAUCACUUAUAUAUCAAAAUUUUUUUUUCCAUUAAAAUUUUUUUCUAUUAAAAAAAUUUUUGUUCACUCACGGAGGGUGGGUUUUUGGUCAAAAAAUGGCGAUUUUUCUAAUGGUUUUGUUCGCUCACGGAGGGGGGGGGGGAGUUAGCAGACACCCAGCAAAAAGAAAUCGAACAACUAAGAAGAGAAAUUGAAAUCCUAAGAUCUACUAUAAAUCAGCUAGAAGAAAGCAAAGACGUUUUAAUCGAGCAGAAUCGGCAAAACGAGCAAUAUUUUAAAGAACUCUCUGAAAAACGAGAACAUCGAAAAACCAAGAAAAAGUCUGAAGACUCCUCCAAGCCUCCCAAAAAAUCACACACCCACUCCCAUCAUACCAAAAAGCCAAGCAUCCAAGAGAGAAUCCUCGACAAAGAAGUCGAAGAAAUCGACAAAAGAUACCAAAGCUUAAUGAACUCAGGCAAACUAAUGAAAAGUGAUCUUGAUCAAGAUUCCUUUGCAAGAUCAUCUGUUUUAAAUUCUUAUAAACCAUUUAACUAA